GAGCAAAGGAAGGAUUGGAUAUUAUUGUGAUAAUCUUGAUCUUAUCCUACGUAGUCAAGGUAGUUUCCUAAAAUAACCACAACACUUUAAAACAAGAAGAUAUUAAUCCUAUCCAAAUCCAUUUUUCAUGACUAAAAGAUUCAGCAAAGAAAAGGCAGGCACAGAUUCAAUCAAUGGCCAAGCAAAAGGAAGCAGUUUGUGUGACAGGAGCCAACGGGUUCAUUGGCUCAUGGCUGGUUCGUACCUUAUUAGACCAAGGCUACACCAAAAUCCACGCCUCUAUAUACCCAGGCUCUGACCCAUCUCAUCUCUUCGAAAUCCCAGGUGCCACCGAUGCUAGCGUGAGUCUGGAGGUUUACGAAGCCGACGUGCUUGACCACGACGCCAUUUGUAAGGCCGUGGAAGGCUGCCAAGGGGUUUUCCACGUUGCAUCUCCCUGUACUCUAGAGGACCCAAAGGACCCACAAGAGGAACUUGUGUUACCUGCGGUGAAAGGCACUCUUAAUGUACUGGAGGCUGCUAAGAAGUUCAAGGUUAGGCGCGUGGUUGUGACGUCCUCUAUAUCGGCUUUGGUUCCUAAUCCAUCGUGGCCGAGGGAGAAGGUGUUUGAUGAGUCGUCUUGGACUGAUCUUGAUUACUGCAAGUCUCGCCAGAAAUGGUAUCCGGUGUCAAAGACACUGGCAGAGAAAGCAGCAUGGGAGUUUGCAGGGAGGAAUGCAAUGGAUGUGGUGGCAAUCCGUCCUGCGACGUGCCUUGGCCCUCUCUUGCAGCCUGCAUUAAACGCUAGCUGUGCUGUGUUACAGCAACUAUUGCAAGGAUCAAGAGACACUCAGGAAUAUCACUGGCUGGGAGCUGUGCAUGUAAGAGAUGUGGCAAUGGCACAGGUUCUGUUAUUUGAAACCCCUACUGCUUCUGGUAGAUAUCUUUGCACCAAUGGCAUCUACCAGUUUGGUGAUUUUGCUGCGACGGUCUCCAGACUCUUCCCCGAGUCUCCUCUUCACAGAUUUUGGUAGCUGCUUAGAGGAAAGAUUAGCGUUAUCCAUCAAAAGGUCUGUAGGCAGGAUAAUAUCCAUAUUCCUACUGGAUUUGAAUUAGGAUUGACAAUCUUAUCUUUAAUGUCACUAUAAAUUUCUCUUGGACUACUUCAGUAUAUUCGUUUUCUUAAAUGUUGGUGGAGGGAUUGUGGAGCGGGUGGCAAUAGUUGUAAUGAUGACUAGUGGAGAAGACUUUGAAGGAACAUUCAGCACCUCUCCGAGUGGGACUUUAAUUAGUCUUCUGGCAAUAUCUUGGAUAAACUUUGCCACCAUCCGUCUGUAUUUCCAAGGAUAGCGGGCAGCCAUUGGCAGAAUGGAAAACUUGACUCCUGUUUCUGAUGAUGGCAAAAUAAAAGGAUAGGGGACAAUUCAAAAGAGAUAAGAAUUAGAAAAGUAAUGCAAUAGUACAUUAGUUGUUGUCCUUGUAGCGGGAUGACCUUAUGGAAAGCAGUGGCUGGUCCACACUGCAUGUGGAGCGCUGGUGGACAUGAGUUUACUUUAGCUACUCAAUUAUCAAACCCCCUCAAAAGCUUAUCUUGUCAUAUUGCCCCCAUCUAUUUUAUUGCCAAGUUAUUCUAUUUUUUUGCACAGAUUUGGAAGCUUCUCCCUUUGCCAUUCUGAUAUUAUCAGCGAUGUACUUUUCCUCUGUAUUUAUUUAUUUAUUUUGCGUUGAAGUCCAUUUCUCUUUCGGUUUGGAAGAAUUUCCCCCCCUCUUCAUUGCAUAACAAUGCAUUACUUGUCAAUUGCCAGUUAUUCUGCCACCUUUCUUUAACCUGGUCCCAUCACAUGAUGCUCCACUAUAUAGGUUCUUGAUGGUUAUUGUAGAAUACGGAUUCCUCCUAACACGUAUGUCAACUGGUGGUGUUGUUGCGUGUAUUUUGCACUGUAUUGGGUGCUCUCUAAAUGACCUUGUUGAAGCUUUAAGAUUCAUAUUCUUGUUUGGAUCCCCCUUGAAGCUUCGUAUGUAUGAUACAUAUUUUCACAAAUUGGGUGGCUGUUGGAGCUAAAUUUGUAUGCUGGUGAAAAUAAAUUAAUACCUAAUUGAACAUAGAACUGUGCUUGUUUUUCUCAAGGCCUACUGCUUUUGAAAGAUGAAGUUUAAGGGCAUUUCUGAGUGUCAAGAUGGCAUAAAUGAAAUCAAUGAUUGCGUUCACCCUGCAUCUUAUCUGUCUAGGCUCCAGAUGGGUUUUGUUCUAUAAAACAAGUUGAUCCAGUCAAAACCCGAUAUGACUGACAAUUUUAUUAGAAGGAUGCCUUUGAUUAGUUUGAAGAAAAUUGCUUCUCAAUACGCAGCCUCGUCAUAUAUUUUCUAUGAAAGUGUAAGUCCUUGUUUCCCUAGGCAAGUGAGAGCAGGUCAGGUGGCCAUAGAUGCAGUUAGGAAACAGGACAACCUGGCUGUCUUGUUUCAACCUGAACCAAGUGGGAAUUAUAUAUCCAGUAAACUGAAUAUUGACGUUGUCAUUUGAAUUCUAAACCAUUUUAACAUCUAGUCAUUUUUACAUGUUGUCUUUCCUUUUCUGUAAUUAAGGUUUCUGUUUGGUUGCUUAAGUGCAUGUUCUU